AUGUCUGAAUCUACUCAAACUCCAACCCCGAAGGAGAAGACCUUCACCAGGUACACCAAGGAGCAGGGCAAGAACUAUGCUCAAUACCGCUUCGACUACCAUGAAAGCGUGUACAACACCGUCAUUGACCGCCACACAUCCACCGGCGGCAAGUUUGACACUCUGCUUGAUCUCGGCUGCGGUCCUGGCCAGGCCGCUCGCGCUCUCGCCCCGCGCUUCACCAAUAUCAUCGGGCUCGACCCCUCCGAAGGGAUGAUUACCACAGCCAGAUCCAUCCCCAGCACCGAGAAACCCAUCCGGUUCGAGAUAUCCUCCGCAGAGGAGCUGGGCAGCAACCUCGAGCCCCCCAUCGCAGACUCCUCCGUCGACCUCAUCACCGCCUCGACUUGCGCGCACUGGUUCGACAUGGACGUGUUCUGGCCCCGGGCGGCCAAGGUUCUUAAGCCGGGCGGGUCAGUCGCCAUCUGGGUCAGCGGGGAGGCCGGCCCGCACCCGGACAUGCCCAACGCCAAGGCCAUCGCGGCCGCCCUGAAGAAGAACCGCGAGGAGAAUCUGCUCCCCUACUACGAGCCCGGGAACCUCAUGGGCUCGAACCUGUACGUCGACCUGCCGCUUCCGUGGACCAUCGCGAAGUCGGUCGACGAGUUUGAUCAGAGCACCUACCUUCGCAAGGAGUGGGACGGCGGGGAGCCGUUUUAUGCUAUUCCGGAGCAGAUGAAGGAGGCGGGCAUGGACAUGUUUGAGAAGAUUAUGGGGACUGUGAGCCCUGUGACUAGGUGGCGUGAGGCCCAUCCUGACGCCGUCGGGGAGAAGGAUGUCGUCCGCAUGCUCCGUAGGGAGAUUGAGAGGCUCCUUCAUGAGGCAGGCGUGGAGAAGGGCAAGGAGAAGUUGUGGUCGUUGGCGACUGGAGUGGUCAUUGUUAUCAAGAAGAAGGCAUCCGAGUCAUAG